GGCGAGCUGGAGUUUUUUUCCUUCUUUCUCUCUGUGACAUGUGCUCAAGUUGCAGCGGAAAGGAAAUGUGUCAUCUGUGGUUUGGUUUUGAAAGUGGAAAGCUAGUUGUACGUACCCUUUUUUGUUGCAGAUUUACUUUACAUUUUGUAUUUUCCAAGUCUACUCUACUUUAAAUCAGAAGACAGAAGAAGAAGUGGCUUAGUAGAAUCACAUUAUCAAACCUUGACCAACCAUUUUGUAAGAUUAACAAAUGACACUACUGUUCCAACAGAUUACCAGUACCCUCAUCGACAUGGAACACACAGGAUGUUACUUGAAUCUUGCCUUUCUAAUGACAACAGUUUUUUCUUUGUCUUCUGGAACAAAAGCAAACUCUACACAUCUGUGGGCUAACAAUACUACUGCCUGGGAUUCUGUUAUUCAAAACAAUACAGGCAGAUACCAAAAUGAAAACAGUAACACAAGCCCUGUGACUCCUGGAAUGGAUUAUAAAGUUAAUUUGACCAAGCUUCCUGAAACAGCAGCAUCAUCUUGGGUUGUACCUUUAACUCCUAAAUCUGAACAGGAGCAUUACACACCUUCUAUUGAUACUAAAAGUUAUUCAACAGCAGAAAGCAUUGAAAACACAAGCAAAAGUCACGGUGAAAUUUUUAAAAACGAUGUCUGUGAGGAAAAGACCAACAACAUGGCUAUACUAAUUUGCUUAAUUGUAAUUGCAGUGCUCUUUCUUAUCUGUAUUCUUCUGUUUCUAUCAACUGUGGUCCUGGCAAACAAAGUCUCAUCUCUCAGACGAUCAAAACAAGUGGGCAAACGUCAGCCUAGAAGCAAUGGUGACUUUCUGACAAGCAGUGGGCUAUGGCCUGCUGAAUCAGACACUUGGAAAAGAGCAAAACAGCUCACUGGGCCCAAUCUCAUGAUGCAAUCUACUGGAGUGCUCACAGCUACAAGGGGAAGAAAAGAUGAAGAAGGAACUGGAAAACUUACUAAUUAAGAGAUACUUUGGGGAAGAAAAAUGCAAAGUAGCAAUGAGAAACAUUUUGAGUAUAAGCAGAAGGCAGCAUGGUAUUUAAUGCGGGCGCACUGUGCUCACCUCAACAGUAUCUAUACCAAUCGGCACGCUGGUCAGUGACUUAGCAUCAAAAGGGAGAUGGGUGCCUGCUUAUUCAACUGCUUAACUGUGUGUUUCUAUUUGACACACACCAACCAAGCACACAACCAAGCAUUUGGGGAAGUUCUUGUAACUCAGUUGAGGAAACUAAGUGAGGAAAGAAGAGAUAGCAAUGGUUAAUUAAACAUUCUCUAUUCAGCAACAGUAGUCAGAUGAUCUUUGUCUGAAUGUAAGUGAACUUUGAAGCCUUGGUAGGUCCUUUGAGCCAAGUGCAUGCUUCAGUAUCUAAGAGAAGUCAAAUUUCUAGUAAUUUAAAAGUACCUUCUUUGUUGGAUAUGGCUAAAUCCAUACCUGCUCAUGUAUCACUGCAACUAACAUUAGGGUACAUACAGCACAUAUAAGGAAGUACUUUUCUACUAUAAAUAUUAAAACUUAACUUUGUCUAAUAAAUUAAAACUCAUUAGAUAAGCCUGUGAUUA